AUGACUGCUGCGAUGGAAAGUCAAGAGUUCCUUCUAACAUCGUGUGAAUUCACCACUGAUCCAGAGGAAAAGGGCUUCCUGGAUUUCACUGAACACGGCGAUCUUCUUGACAUCAUUGACUUCGACGAUCUGUUCGGUGUCGCCGGAGAUGUACUUCCUGACUUGGAGAUGGACCCUGAGAUCUUAGCUGGAGAAUUAUCCGAUCACGUGAAUGCUGCGUCGACGAUUACAACGACGUCGUCGUCCGAGAAGACUGAUAGUCAAGGGGAGACUAAUAAAAAGGGUAUUUGGAGAAAAGGUGAAGAAGUCGUCAGCAAAAGAGACCAUAACAAGACUCAUGUGGUGGUUAACUAUGACCGUAAAAGGAAAUACUCAUCAUCUGCUUCUUCCAAGAACAAGGUAAUCAGUAACAACGAAUUAGCGAAGCCAAAGGUGAAGAAGUUUAGAGCACCAGUUGCCGGAAUCCAGGCUCCGCCGCCGCAUCACAUGGUGUACAAUUACAAAUCAGAUCUUGGUUUUGGUGGUACUCGUCCUGUUGUGGACUUACAUCCGUCAAAAGAGAGCGUAGAUGCAGCCAUAGGAGAUGUAUUGACGAGGCCAUGGCUCCCACUGCCGUUGGGAUUGAAGCCACCGGCUGUUGACGGCGUCAUGACGGAGCUUCAACGUCACGGUAUUUCCGAGGUUCCUCCGGCUGCGUCGUGUGCCUGA